CAGAUAUGCGCGUUAUAAACUUCCGGCGUCCCCGUUGCCAGGCUAAUUUUCACCUCAGCAGUGGUCUCUAAAAUCCCUUGUAGAAACUCUCUGAGUUAGACAAAUCUAGAAUGGCGAAAGUUGCCAUGGACAGCAGGUCAUUUCAGACUCUACUAGAUCGCAUUAACCAGCAAACAUCAUACACAGAGAAGAAGGUUGAGAUAUUGUACAGUUCUAGAGGACAUUUCACAGCAAAUCAGGCAUCACAGAUUUUAUUAGCAUUCAAAGCACCUUCUGACAAAGUUAGAGCAAUACAGAUAUUAGAACCACGACUUUGUCGAAUGUCAUGUCAAGAAGCAAGGGAAGUUCUUAAUGUCAUAACCGUACAGAAUGAUAAAUUAAUAGCAUUAGACUGUGUGAAAAGAGUGUUAACAGAUUACCAAACCAAGCUAGGAGAGGAGUAUAUUCUGAGUUCAUUCCCCUUUGAAGAUGGCAAGAUUAUGGCAAUACAAAUUCUGAAAACAGUUGGCUCUUACGUAAGUGAGAAGACACCAGCUGGAGGACACCAGGGUUAUGCUGCUUUAGGAGGAUUAUAUACACAAGCCAGACCAAUGUGUACACAUUUAUAUGGACCUUUAUACCAACAGGAACAGAUGAUUCCAGGUCGAGGUAAAAUUGAGAUUCCCCCAGAGGCCCAACCAGGAGUCGUGCCAUCAGUUUACACUGGCCAUCCAUCCUAUGCUUACCCUCUAGACAAGAGCUAUGCUGCCGAUCGUGGUUAUCCAGGCAAUGUCCCACUCACACAGCCUGUCAUGCAACACGAAACAUACCCUGCAGGUGCCCCUCCUCUGGGGUUCCAUACAGGGAAUCCAUUCUCUACAGGAUUCCCAGGGCUAGAAAGGGCAUAGAUUAGAUCUACGUGAAACUGUGAACAAUCAUUAUAAAAGCCAUUUGUUUGUAAAGCAUAUAUCUGCCAAUAACAAAGUUUGUAAUACAGAAAGCAUUUUGUGAUAAAAUUUAAGCAAAAAUUUAUGAUUACAAACUUAUACCAUUCCAGAUGUUUAUUAUUUUACAUGAUAUUUUCUGUUAUGUUUUUAAUAUUGUGUUACAUUGUUAUAGAUUAAUUUUAAAAAUCAUCUUCUAAAACUAUUGAAAACUUUGCACUCUUGGUUAAUUUCAUAUUGAAUAAUAGAGAUUUGGGUUUUGUUUAAAAUGUUGUUUUUAUAAGUCUUCCUGAAUCAUUCUCUAAAUACAUUGUUUUUUCUUGUUAAUUUUCACAGAAGAUGAUACUUGUAAAUGGCAGAAUGUUAAAAUCUCAGACUUUUUUUUAAAGAUUUUUAUUUUUAUUUUUCUACAGGGUUUUAUCUUUACUAUAGUUUUUUGUCUGUGAUACUAUAUAUUUAUAUAUUUGUACAUUAUAUUUGUUUGUCUCUUUAUGCUUUGUACAUGCAUGCUGAUAUUUCUAGGUGCAUAAUUGUUAUAGCUUUUAAUUUGUUUUUGUAUUUCUAUUAAUUUCUAUUUUUGAGCUUGUUGAGUUUUUAUAGAAUUAUAAAACGACUUUAUACAUUAUAUGUGUAAAUCUCUCCACCGCCCCAGUAUUGACCUGUAAAUCUGAUUGCUGUUAUAGAUUUGUCACUUCUUAAUAACAUUGUGUGGAGCUUGAAUACAGAACACUUAAUAAAUCAUUUCAAUUCUUA